UCUCGCCUUCCCCGGGCCGCGCGGCCGGAGCUGGCACGGAGGAACGGCGGCCGCGGCUGCAUCGCGGCCUGGGGACGCCGGCGCUCCGCUGAACUCGGGGUCCGCGAGAGUGCCCGUCGCGCGUGGAUCUGCCUUCCGCGGUGCGGGGCUGCCCGGGGCGUCCGGCGUUCCCCGAGGGCGGGCGUGUCCUCGCGGCGCUGGGCGGGGGACCAGCGCGGGGCCGCAGCCUGUUGGAGCGCGGGGGGCCCCGUGCCCGGGGCGCGGGGAGCCCCGCGGGGGGACGGCGCGGCCGGGCCCCCUGUGCGGAGCAGUUUUCUCGAACUCUCCACCUCCUCGUUGGGGCCCAGCGCUGCCGGGAGACCCCGUCCACAUCUGCCGAAGAAAGGAGUGUCAUGAAAAAGGAGCAGAAAAGAACCGUCACUCUCGGUGAAAGGGGAGUUUUCUUUCCCAGUUGGUGGUUACUUCAUGAUUGGAAAAGAAGCACCUAGGUGGCUGGAGCGGUUAGAUUUUUAUAAUUGUACGGAUGAAGCUGAUAAAAGAAGAUAUGAGAAUACUUUCUCUGGGUCAUAACAGGCGAUGAGCAAGCCUGAACAGGACAGAUUUGAAAUGAGGGCAGAAAGUUUGAGCUUUUCAAAGCCAAGUGGGACUUUGCACACUUGUUGAGGAUGUUCUUUUCCCAAAAAUGGAAGAAGAAAAAAAUCUCAAAGCAAAAGUGUAAAAAGCGGAAGGGAAUAACAACCAAGUCGACGCCAAGAAUUUCAGCAGUUCAUCGACUCCUUUGGGCAAACACCCCUCACCCGCAUCGUACACGUGGGUGAUGUGAUCGCUAGUGUUGCUUUCCCCUCCUAGGAACGACUUCUUGAUUUGGAUUUCGGAGUGAUUAUUCUUUUUUUGUUUUCCCCCCUACAAUGUGUGUUUUGACUCCUCAUGUUAGAUUUACGGAAAGGAAGUAAAUCCUGAAUUCAUGGUGUGUUUGACUAUACCACUGCUUGGUGCGCGAUACGGAAACAUUAGAGGUUGUAACAUUCCUUGAAGCUGUAUUGGAAGCAGAGUUCUGCCAGGCAGACAGAUAGUGCACGUUUUCUCUUCUUGGCAACCCUGCUUGCUUUGAAUGAACCGAAUGUCAGCUGGAUCUCACAGCAUAUAUGAUUUAUAGUCUUUGUUUUUUCGGGGCCUUAAAUGUAUGUUUUAUACUGAGCAGAUGGGAAACACGUUGAGCACUGUGUGCGACCUGUAUGCCUAAGGAAGGGAGCUCCCCGAUGGAUCAUGGCGUUGAUGUUUACAGGACAUGUCUUGUUUUUAGCAUUAGUGAUGUUUGCUUUCUCUACUUUUGAGGAGUCUGUGAGCAAUUACUCUGACUGGGCAGUUUUCGCAGAUGACGUAGAUCAGUUUAAGACACAGAAAGUACAAGAUUUCAAGCCCAGUCAAAAGCUGAAGAAAAGUAUGCUUCAUCCAAGUUUGUAUUUCGAUGCUGGAGAAAUCCAGGCCAUGAGACAGAAGUCUCGUACAAGCCAUUUGCAUCUGUUUAGAGCUAUCAGAAGUGCAGUAACAGUUAUGCUGUCCAACCCCACAUACUACCUACCUCCACCCAAGCAUGCCGAUUUUGCUGCCAAGUGGAAUGAAAUUUACGGUAACAAUCUGCCUCCUUUAGCAUUGUACUGUUUGUUGUGCCCAGAAGACAAAGUUGCCUUUGAGUUUGCCUUGGAAUACAUGGACAGAAUGGUUGGCUACAAAGACUGGCUAGUGGAGAAUGCACCAGGGGAUGAGGUGCCUGUCGGCCAUUCCUUAACGGGUUUUGCCACUGCCUUUGACUUUUUAUAUAACUUAUUGGAUGACCAUCGAAGACAAAAAUACCUGGAAAAAAUAGGGGCUGUUACCGAGGAGAUGUAUGAGUAUUCCAAGGUCCGUUCGUGGGGCAAACAACUUCUCCAUAAUCACCAAGCUACUAAUAUGAUAGCAUUACUCACCGGGGCUUUGGUGACCGGGGUAGAGAAAGGAUCUAAAGCAAACAUAUGGAAACAGGUCGUCGUAGAUGUGAUGGAAAAGACGAUGUUCCUUUUGAAUCAUAUUGUCGACGGUUCUUUGGAUGAAGGUGUGGCCUAUGGAAGCUACACGGCUAAAUCAGUCACGCAGUACGUUUUUCUAGCCCAGCGCCAUUUCAGUAUCAACAACUUGGAUAAUAACUGGUUGAAAAUGCACUUUUGGUUCUAUUAUGCCACCCUCUUACCAGGCUUCCAAAGAACUGUGGGUAUUGCAGAUUCCAAUUAUAAUUGGUUUUAUGGUCCAGAGAGCCAGUUAGUUUUUUUGGAUAAGUUUAUCUUAAAGAAUGGAGCUGGAAAUUGGUUAGCUCAGCAAAUUAGAAGGCACCGACCUAAAGAUGGACCAAUGGUCCCCUCCACUGCCCAGAGGUGGAGUACUCUUCACACCGAAUACAUCUGGUAUGACCCCCAGCUCACCCCACAGCCUCCUGCUGAGUAUGGUACUGCGAAAAUGCACACGUUCCCUAACUGGGGUGUUGUCACUUAUGGGGCUGGCUUGCCAAACACACAGGCCAAUACCUUUGUGUCCUUUAAGUCCGGGAAGCUGGGGGGCCGAGCCGUGUACGACAUAGUUCACUUUCAGCCAUACUCCUGGAUUGACGGGUGGAGAAGCUUUAACCCAGGGCAUGAACAUCCAGAUCAGAACUCAUUCACUUUUGCCCCAAAUGGACAAGUGUUUGUUUCGGAAGCUCUCUACGGACCCAAGCUGAGCCACCUCAACAAUGUGCUGGUAUUCGCUCCAUCACCUACGAGCCAGUGUAACCAGCCCUGGGAGGGUCAGCUGGGAGAGUGUGGCCAGUGGCUCAGGUGGACCGGUGAGGAGGUUGGUGACACAGCGGGGGAAAUCAUUACUGCCUCCCAACAUGGAGAAAUGAUAUUUGUGAGUGGAGAAGCAGUGUCUGCUUACUCUUCAGCAAUGAAGCUGAAGAGCGUGUAUCGUGCUCUGCUUCUCUUAAAUUCUCAAACGUUGCUCGUCGUUGAUCACGUUGAGAGGCAGGACGGUUCCCCAAUAAACUCUGUCAGUGCCUUCUUUCAUAAUCUGGACAUUGAUUUUAAGUACAUCCCCUAUAGGUUUAUGAACAGGUAUAAUGGCGCCAUGAUGGAUGUAUGGGAUGCACACUACAGAAUGUUCUGGUUUGAUCAUCAUGGCAAUAGUCCCAUUGCUAGUAUACAAGAAGCAGAACAAGCUGCUGAAUUUAAGAAACGGUGGACUCAAUUUGUUAAUGUUACGUUUCAGAUGGAAUCCACAAUCACAAGAAUCGCAUAUGUCUUUUAUGGGCCAUAUGUCAAUGUUUCCAGCUGCAGAUUUGUUGAUAAUUCCAAUUCUGGACUUCAGAUCUCUCUCAAUGUCAAUAAUACCGAACAUGUUGUGUCCAUUGUAACCGACUACCAUAACCUGAAGACAAGAUUUGAUUACCUGGGUUUUGGUGGCUUUGCCAAUGUGGCUGAUCAGGGCCAAAUAACCCGAUUUGGUUUGGGCACCCAAGCGAUAGCAAAGCCCAUAAAACAAGAUCGGGUUAUUUUCCCCUUUGGAUUUAAAUUCAAUAUAGCAGUUGGGUUGAUUUUGUGCAUUAGCUUGGUGAUUUUAACCUUUCAGUGGCGGUUUUACCUUUCUUUUAGAAAGCUAAUGCGGUGGAUCCUAGUCCUUGUUGUUGCCUUGUGGUUUAUUGAGCUGCUGGAUGUGUGGAACACCUGCACGCAGCCCAUCUGUGCAAAAUGGGCAAGGACGGAGGCCGAGGCCAGCCCGAAGCCUUUGUCUUCAGAAGGGCCCCACACUGACCUUCCCAGUGUUGUCGUUACCUCGCUUCCUGGUUCAGGAGCUGAAAUCCUCAAACAACUUUUUUUCAACAGUAGCGAUUUUCUCUACGUCAGAGUUCCUACAACCUACAUUGAUAUUCCUGAAACUGAAUUUGAAAUCGACUCGUUUGUAGACGCCUGUGAAUGGAAGGCAUCAGAUAUCCACAGUGUGCGUUUCCGUUUACUCCGCGGCUGGUUGCAGUCCUUGGUUCAAGACACAAAACUGCAUUUGCAAAACAUCCAUCUGCAUGAACCCAGUCGGGGUAAACUGGCCCCAUACUUCACAGCAAAUAAGGACAAAAAAAGAAAACUGAAAAGGAGGGAGUCUCUGCCCGAACAAAGAAGUAGAAUGAAAGGCACCUUUGAUAGAGAUGCUGAAUAUAUUAGGGCUUUAAGGAGACACCUGGUCUAUUACCCAAGUGCACGUCCUGUGCUCAGCUUAAGCAGCGGGAGCUGGACCUUAAAGCUCCAUUUUUUUCAAGAAGUCUUAGGAGCUUCUAUGAGGGCAUUGUACAUAGUGAGGGACCCUCGGGCAUGGAUCUAUUCAAUGUUGUACAGCAGCAAACCCAGUCUCUACUCUUUGAAGAAUGUACCAGAGCACUUAGCUAAACUGUUUAAGAUAGAGAGAGGUAAAGGCAAAUGCAACUUGAAUUCAGGCUACGCUCUCGAAUACGAGUCAUUGAGGAAAGAAUUAUCAAAAUCCCAGUCAAAUGCAGUCUCCCUGUUGUCUCAUUUGUGGCUCGCAAACACAGCAGCAGCACUCAGAAUAAAUACGGAUUUGCUGCCCGCCAGCUACCAGCUGAUCAAGUUUGAAGAUAUUGUACAUUUUCCUCAGAAAACCACAGAAAGGAUUUUUGCCUUUCUUGGAAUACCUUUGUCUCCUGCUAGUUUAAACCAAAUAUUGUUUGCCACCUCCACAAACCUUUUCUAUCUUCCCUAUGAAGGGGAAAUAUCACCAACUAACACCAAUGUUUGGAAACAAAACUUGCCUAGAGAUGAAAUUAGACUGAUUGAGAACAUCUGCUGGACACUGAUGGAGCGUCUAGGAUAUCCAAAGUUUACGGACUGAACGCUGCAGGUCAGCAGACAUUUGCACUAACACUUGCCAACGCGGUUUGUGGACGUGAACUAGAAGAGUUUGUUUAUUCUUGUACUACGUGUGUGCGUGCGCGCGCGUGUUCCGUUCGUUACUUGCACAAAGAUUGUUUUAAAAAUAGGCACCAUGUUUGGCCUCGCGGGAUUUAUUUUUACGUCACUGCUUUCCUUGCCUGUGUUUCUGAAGUUUUGUUUUUUGUUUUUUUUUUGUUUUGUUUUGUUUUUGUUUUGUUUUUUUUUUUUCUGUUGCAAUGUUCCAGCUACAGAGGCACAGAGAAAGUUAGGGGAUGGUGGGCAGGGGAGGUAGAAAGAUUUUCCGGGCUUUCGUCGAACUCUCUCCCUCACCUGUAACUUUGCUGAUCUAUAUGGGAACCUCAAACACUGCAAAAGGCCUUUCAAUUGCUGCUUUGCCCAAGCAUCUCUUGCUUUCAAGAUGGACUACAAAAGCUCCUUAUCUUUUUUAAAAGAUCUUCUAACACAUUUAUCUUGCACCAAAAAAAAAAAAAAAAAAAAAAAAUUAACUGUGUAUAAUGUUCAGUACUAUCACUGGGGAAAUGGUGAAACUUCCUAUCAUAACUGUAGGAUUCCUUCUGGAAAAUACAGAUGGAAAUACAGAAUGAGCACUUUUUUUUUUCUUUUUGGAGGUCAGACACAGUGACCUGAAAAGCCUCCUUUAAGUUUUUUAUUCAGAAGUAAUAAGGAGUCAGUCUUCGAACAACCUGGGUACCAAGGGCUGGGAGAGUAUUUUAGACUUGCUUGUCUGUUUAAAACUCUCUUUUCUCUUCUUUGCCUCCUUGGAGCUACAGCUGUUCCCAUCCCACCACUCCCACUAUCCUUUCUGUCACUGUCAUGCAAACCAGUCGAUGGUUAUUAAUUGUGGAAGUCCAGACGUUUGUGGGGAUUCCCCCCACCCCCACCCCCUGACGAUGCACUUUGCAUUAAAGCCCGACACAGACUUAGAAUCAGAUUUCUUUUUGUGGAACGAUCACCGUACGACUCAAAGCCAUGCCCAUGCUGCCAGUGUUUUUUUUUAGGCUGGAAAUGAGUUGGAAACCUGCCUGACUUUCUUGCAUCCCUUUGAAUGAGUUUACAGACUGCCAGUGUCUGCAAAAGUUGAAGGCAAAUGGGAGAUGAUGUCAGAGGCAUCUGUUUCCUUUACCAGCUGCAUCUUAUUAUAAAUGUAGUCGUCAUGAGAUGUGGUUCAUUUUAUUUUGGUAGGCCCUGAAAUCAAAACGCCAUGCCAUUAUAAGCCCGUGGAGUGAUUACAACGCGUUGGAUGAAAACCAUUAGGCAGCGCCCAGCCCUGAUGAAAGAAAAUCUCUGUGCAGAUUGCUGUCUUCCUGACGUUUCAGACUGUGGUUCCCCCAAGCUCUCGAGCACUCGGGGGUCUGUCAUUCUGACCUAGAUAAAAGCGGUUCCUUCUCAGUCGUUUGUUAUUAUGUCAGAAUGUGCCUCCAGAGUGAUGAGGCUGUGGAUAUGUUACAGCCCAGCCAACCCUAAGUGGCCUGUCAGUUUUCUUCCAUUAGAGUGUGAACACAGACCGCUCCUCCCCCCUCCCCAUGUACUUCCUUCCCAUCGCUCUCUGCUUUCUCGCUCCAAUGUCAAAGUGAACGAAAAUCAUAUUAAUGUAAGUGGAGAGGACAGCCAAAGACCUGAGUCUGCACAGGUAUUCUCCAGGGAGGUUACUCUUCCUAGCUCAGGACCAGCAACAAGCACGUAACACUGCCGCGCGGGUGACAGCACUCGUUCCGUCGUUGGUCGUAGUCUGUGUGUCUCCUGUCAGUUCCCAGGACGUGUGAUGUUAGAUCACAUCCAGGGAAAAGGCUUUGGGUGGCCAGUAAUAGCAGGUCUGAUCAGGGUAAGAAUUACAAAUGCGUGCAGGUCACAGAAGAAAGCAGAAGCUGUACCACUGCCUCUGAACUUGGUGGAAACACCCCCAUGGGCAGCAGGGGGAACCAGGUUGAAGAACCAGGUUGAAGAUGUGGGGGGAAUCGGGAGAGAUGGGGAAAAUGAAAAAGACUGGUUCUGUGAAUGAAUAUGGGAACGUGUUCUUGAUAGCUAAAGAAAGGGACAUAUUUUAUUUUAUUUUUUUCCCCAGUGUUUGUUUAUAUUUCAGAGAGACAGAGUGUGCGUGGGGAGGGGCAGAGAGAAGAAGGAGACAGAAUCCGAAGCAGGCUCCAGGCUCCGAGCUGUCAGCACAGAGCCCGAUGCGGGGCUCGAACUCACGGACUGUGAGAUCAGAGAUCAUGACCUGAGCCAAAGUCCGACACUUGGCUGACUGAGCCACCCAGGCGCCCCAGAAAGGGACAUACUUACUACAAUGAUCUUUACAGUGUCCUAACUUUCGCCGCCACAUAGCAAUGCCAAGGUGAACUUUUCCUGUCACUGUUCUCACCCACUCCCACCCCAAGGGAGAGUUUGCCGGAGGAGAUUUCUAUUUGCGGAUUCCCCUGUGAGGAGUGUGAGGGGUGAGGGCGACCCGGCCAUUGGACGUGCACACAUGUGUUUGUGCUUGGGGCCCCCCGCCGUAUAAUCGCAAUUCCUAAGGUGGUUAACUCCCAGGACGUGCUGGUCUUGCAUCCUUAGGGUGUUAGCCUCAGAUAAAUCCGGAUAGCCUCCACAUCUAAUUUUAUUCUUACCAUCUGGAAAAUAAUUACGGGGUUGGUUGUCACUACGUGACACUUCUAAAGGAAAUACCUGUCCUCUCGGUAAGAUUAACCCCUUUCUUUGUUAACUUCUGGAAACAUAGGCCUAAUUGGGAUAACAGCUGUUAUUAACAUGAAAUUUAAGUCUUGAAAUUAAAAAAAAAAGACUUAAUUUUGCUAGCAAAAGUAACAAACCCAGUGGUAAUAAUAGGGUUCUGGAGAGUUUGAAAUGCAGAUUAGUCACUUAGGAUGAAAAAGGCCAUGUCCGGAAUUGAGCUUAUUGUAAUCAAAGUCUGGCGAGGCUAGGAAGUGGGAGACUCUUCAAGAAAAGGAAGAUAAAUUUGUGACUAUGCUUAAAAUUAAUUGAUAGAAACCUAGAGAGGUGCAAGUUGAAAGCAAAUGACAAGAAUGCAUGCACAUUAGGUCUAGACCCCAAAUAUUAGACAUUUGAUCAGCUGUCUCUUUAAACCAACAGGGAAUUAGUAAAUGCCUGGCGAGAACAGGGUGUUAAACUCUGAGUCACGGCCGGGGACUUGCCACAGAGCCCUCACCAAGUGUAUUUGUAGAAGAACCUCCCCUCCACACACACCAGUGCAUCUUAAACAUGUUACCCCUGUACCACCGACUGGAUUAGCGUUCCUUACCAGCCCUUUCGGGGGCCUCGCCAAAGAUCCUAGCCAUUCUCGAUAACGUGAAGUCUAUCCAAUUAUCUGGGAGUAGAUGUUAGCAAUGGUUUUAACAUCGCUACGUUCCACUGGCUUGAUUAACUGAUGAUAAUUAGUAAAAUAUUCACUGAUUUCUUUAGCAAAAAUGUAAAUAGGAGGCAAUAUGUGACACCAUGUUCAGAGGUAAGGAUGCCUAACAGGAUACAUCAAGGAAUUUCAUAUGUGGGCUGUUUACUGCUUAUGUAAAUGUUGACUAAAGCAUGUCUAAGACAUCAAAAAAUGGCUGCUGUGGCAGUUUUUUCCAUUACGUCACUAGUAUCUUGAUUUCCCUUCAUGUUGGCAGAAAACUCCGAAUAACAUUGCAAGAACUAAAUGACUGAUGUUUGCACAAAGGAUGAUAGGAACUUGACACAGCAGAUCCUAACAUUCGCUACUUCACGUGUAGAUGCUUGAGCUGUAAUUUAUAGGAGUUUAGGUUCUAUGUGGUCCAAGUGACGUAUACAUGUUUAAUUCUGUUUCCAAAGACAGGUUCAGCUAAGGCUUCCAGACCUUUGGUUUUGUUUUGUUUUUCUUUCACACUUACCCAGUUCCUCGGUGAAGAAAAGAUAGACUGAAGAUCAUAAACAGAAUUAUUGAAACAGUAUGUAUAACAGGACUCCACUGCUAAUAAAUAAAAAGCUAAAAGCAACUUGGCUCUGGUUGGGAUAAUUUUGCAAUAGCUCUCUUGAGGUCUUUGGGGAACCGUGAGGAUUUUAUGUGGGGCUGAGAAGGCAGGGGCUGGGAAACGGGAGACGCGUUGAAUAGGGACACGCAGCCUCAUUAUUUCAGCUGCGAAACUUGCACCCUUCAGUGACACGCUUGUCCCCUCUCCCCUAGCUCAAUCCCGGCCCUGUCUCUGGCUUGGACUCGUGUCACUCGGCUGCAUAUGUCAUCCCACUUGCUGAAUGGCAAGGUAUCUCGGUACUAUGCACCUGUGCCCUGCAUCCGCCCCCACUGCCGUGGCUGAGAUCUUCGUGCUUUGUGAUACCGCUCAUAAGAAGGUUGCUCGAGACAUUCUCGAGUCUGUGGUGCACAGAAUUGGCACGGAAGAGAAGGCUCUAUAGUGAAUUAGUCUCUGAUGUGCUACACAUUGGACCGUAAGGUUUUCACAUGUCUUGUUAAAAUCCUCGCAACUGUAUACGGUACUUAUUUUACAGGUAAAUUCGAAACCCCUAUUAUCUCCGUGGGAAAUACAUUUUUGUAAAGGAGUUUUCAGUGGACUUACGAUUCAUCAGUUCAUUUAUUCACCCUAUUUUUGGGUAUCUACGGUCGAGAUAUUGACUAGCGUGAGGUAAGAAUACAAAAGUCGGUUGACUAUGGCCCUGCUGUGUGAGGAAUGAGCAGUGUUUCCAGACUGCAAACCUAAUAGGAAUUCAUUGGGAAGAAAAAGCCGUAGAGGGGCAUGUGCCAGGUAGGGAUUGUCACCGGAGGAAAGACACCAAACAGUGUUGUCUGUCCUGGCAUGGACACGAUUGGUUUAUUUCUGCAGUGGUGGAUGUGAGGAGAGGGAGCCGUUUACUGAGUCAGAGGAAGUUGUGGUUGGUAUACUUGGAGAGACAUCAGCCCCCGUUUUUUUCCGAACUAGGUUUUGGCUCUAGGUGUCACAAAUCCCAUUAAAGAGCAGCCUUUUCCAAAAAAGUAGUGCAAAUAAAACCAACACUUGUGCUCUCUCCGCUCUCACGCGCUCAACUACCCCAACACGUUUAGGACAAAGUAGUUUGGUCUACAGGUGAAUAUCACGAGCAACUCUGAAGGGGAAAGGAUGUGGGAGUGUGGUCUGACCGGUUGUGUGUGUGUGUGUGUGUGUGCACGCGCUCCUGCAGAUCGUUGCUAGUAAUGACAGGAAGAAAGAUAGGGCUGUGUGUUCCAUGCAGAGUCCCGCUGGCCAGUAGCAUUUUUCCUCUCCCUCCUCUCGAGAACCUCCAGACCCACGUUGCCAGGCACAGCUGUCAGUACUGGGAAUGCGGUGGUGAACGAGACCUAUGGAGCUGGCAGUCUAGCGGGGACUAGAAAGAAACGCAUUCUUAUUUUGCAUUUCACAGCGAUUCCAGUUCAAAGGCGCCUGCACCAAGUGGAAGUGAAACCUCUUGUCAAAUCUGUGACUAACAAUCAAAUGUAUUCAAGUAGAAUUCAGUUUAGGAAAAAGAAAAAAAAAAUCUGGUCUUUUCUCCACCGUGUAAAUAAUACCAGCAGGAAGGGAGGGAAAGAGGGGAGGGAAGGGAGGGAAGAAGGGAGGGAGGGAGCCAAAGAGGGAGGGAGGGGUGGAAGGAAGUUGGAACACAGAAAGCAAGGUGCCCAAGGAGAGUGGCUCCUGUAACAAUUGCGUUAAUCAUUCUCUGAACGAUUGAAAACUCUCUUUGAAAUCUUACUGUGGUUAAAACUUGAGAAAAAAAAUAUAAAUUGUAAUUUGAGCAGAUCUUUUCUGUAGUACAUUGCAUUUGCUCUUUCUGUUUUGUUUAAACUAUUUUUGUAUUGCACUUUCUUAAGAUCGAAUGUAAUUUUUCUUGGAAGUGUAUUAACACUGACGUUGAAUUUUACUUAUGUGUUUCGGGUUUUCAAAUGUCUGAGAUAUGUGAUGUUCUCCCAUAUGUUGUCUUCCUCUCUAUUUCCAAACUUGGGAUUAUGCAUUGUUCUUAGUGGUUUCAGGGAGCAGACUUUCACACACAUGUGACAUCUGUGAUGCUCUACAUUCUUUUUUUUUUUUUUUUUGGAAACUAGUUUAGCUCCCAAUCACUGUCACUGGUCUCAUUUAGAACAUGAGCAGUAUAAACACUCCAGGCUCUGCAUAAAAUCUGGCCUCCCUCUACGAACAAUGCAUAACACGCUCCUUACCUUAUUUAUUGCAGGAUGCAAAUACGCUCUAAACCCUUAUUGCACUACGGUGAAAGACUACAGCCUGGUUUUUCUAGCAUUUAUUUAUUGUUGUAAUUAUGUAUUCAUUUAUUCCUUCACCUUCUUCCGAAAGAUUAGUUUUGUUGUAGAUUUGUUUAAAGUACAUGGGAUUUUAAAAUAUGGCUAUUUUAACCAUAUGAAGCCUUUUUAAUUUGAUGCCUUAACGUGGUGUUUCACAAAAAAAACUUUGAAGGGGGGGCGGUUAUUUGGAGGUAGAGGCACGUGAUACUCCAACCAAGACGUGAUGAAAUUGCUUUCAUGAGAUACCCAGAAAAAGAUACAUGCAUGUAAAGGAUACAGUUAACAGAAGUCAGGCCUACACAAAAUAGGUGGUCUUAAUCCUCAUUUUAAGACAUCAACCUGCUCCCUGUGGCUAAUUCAGUGCUAAACGUGCACAGCAUGCUUACAGGGGGCUUAUGAGUACCAACGCAGGAGGUUCUUUCUUCACACUUCCCAAAAUAAACUGAAUUGUACAUACAUUCAGUUACUACUCUAUCUUCUACCCAACACUGUUUAUAGAACGAUCUCUAAAGCUAUCAAAAAUCGCCCACUGUGGAACACACGAGUAGAAAGUGCAUGCUUGCACACACACACACAACUUGGCCGAGUUUCCUCCCUACAAGAGGCAUGAGGUUUUCUGGGAAUAACUAACAGAAGACCCCUGCGGGACUUUCACCGGCCUUCUUUGUACCUUCCCUCCCACCCCCCAUUUCCUGGCUUCGUUUGAAGGGAGCCAUUUCUGUUACCAUGUUACAUUUCUAUAACACUUUCAUGUAUUAGACGAGCUUUGAAAUGAAAACAAAACGGAACACAAAGCGCUAGGUCAGUAGAUGCUGAACAGCUGUGAGGGCUUGGGCGCCUUUCUUCCUUUUAAGUCUACAUUUCCCUCUCUGUAAACCUCCCCAGCGUCGAUGCAUGGAUUAAAUAAAAUCACA